UUUGGCACCUCCUCUGUGCCCACUGUCUGACUCCAGGUCGGAGGCACCCGCUCGCCUCGGCGCGAGGCCGCACCCUUGUAGUAGCCGAGUGUCGUCCCCGCCUCGGCUUCCUGUCAGGCUUUGGCGCCCGGCGCCCGUGCAGUGACAAGCAGGGGGAGGGCGUCCGGCUCGGAGGACCCCGGAAGCGCCUGAUUCCGGAGGCCGAGGUGCGGCUGCAGUGAUGGCUUCGGGGCUGGGCAGCUGAUUGCUGAGGUGGGAGUGGGCCCAGCGCCCGGAGACUCGGUGGCUGCAGCUCACGCGCCACCUGCGCCAUGGCCACCUCCGCCGCCUCGUCCGAGCAUUUCGAGAAGCUGCACGAGAUCUUCCGCGGCCUCCUUGAAGACCUCCAAGGGGUGCCGGAGCGGCUGCUGGGGACCGCGGGGACAGAAGAGAAGAAGAAGCUGGUCAGAGAUUUUGAUGAAAAGCAACAGGAAGCAAAUGAAACGUUGGCAGAGAUGGAGGAAGAGCUACGAUAUGCACCCCUGACUUUCCGUAACCCCAUGAUGUCUAAGCUACGAAACUACCGGAAGGACCUUGCUAAACUCCACCGUGAGGUGAGAAGUACACCUUUGACAGCCACACCUGGAGGCCGAGGAGACCUGAAGUAUGGCACAUAUGCCUUGGAGAAUGAGCAUUUGAAUCGACUACAGUCUCAAAGAGCAUUACUCCUACAAGGCACUGAAAGCCUGAACCGGGCUACCCAAAGCAUUGAGCGUUCUCAUCGGAUUGCCACAGAAACUGACCAAAUUGGUUCAGAAAUCAUAGAAGAGUUGGGGGAGCAACGAGACCAGUUGGAACGUACCAAGAGCAGACUGGUAAACACAAAUGAAAACUUGAGCAAAAGCCGGAAGAUUCUUCGCUCAAUGUCCAGGAAAGUGAUAACCAACAAGUUGCUGCUCUCCGUCAUCAUCUUGCUGGAGCUAGCCAUCCUGGUCGGUCUGGUGUAUUACAAAUUCUUUCGACACCAUUGAACUUCUAUAGGGAAGGCAUUGUGGACCAGCAUCUUACUCUGAAUGAAUGGUGUUAUAUAGGGAUAUGUGUUGCUGCUGUGGGCUAACAGUUCAAGAAUGUAUUGUCUUGUCAGACUAUGGGAGGGAGGACAAUGGAAAACCAUGAAAAUGUGAAGGAACAGCAACAAGACCAGUAUGAUAUACUAAGGUAAUAAAUGCUGUUUAUGACUCCUUCAAACUUACAUGUAUAACAUUAAUAACUUGUAAACUUCAAAAACAAAAAAACAACAAAUACAUUUACAGUAAUAGUGUUGGUGACCAAAAUAGAGAAGGGAAUUUUACAGUUGUGAGAGUACACAGAUGUUCUCAUUAAGGCAAUAUUGAUCCAAAUAGCCGUUUAAUAUCUGUCCCUUCGCUUGCCUUGCAACUCUGGAAUGCUGUUGUGAAGGGUGCCAGAGAACAGUAUUUCCUAAAUCCUCACACA